CUGAUUCCAGCAAACAUGGAUGGAAGACCCACCUGUGACCAGUGUGGAAAGACUUUCACCAGAAUGAAUGGGAUGAAAGAACAUCUGCGCAUCCACACUGGAGAAAGACCAUAUGACUGUGACGAGUGUGGGAAGACUUUUACCAAAGCAAGUCACUUAAAAAGGCACCAACUCAUCCACACUAAAGAAAGACCGUAUGACUGUGACCAGUGUGGAAAGACUUUCGCCACAAAGGGUGGGCUCAAGGAACACCUACGCAUCCACACGGGAGAAAAACCAUAUGAUUGUGACCAGUGUGGGAAAACUUUCACCACAAUCGGUGGGCUGAAACAACACCUAACCAGCCACACUGGAGAACGACCAUAUGACUGUGACCAGUGUGGGAAGACAUUCACUUGUGCAAGUAACCUAAUAAGGCACCGACGCAUUCACACUGGAGAAAGACCAUAUGACUGUGACCAGUGUAGGAAGACUUUUACCACAGCAUGUGACUUAAAAGUGCACCUCCGGAUUCACACUGGUGAAAGACCAUAUGACUGUGACCAGUGUGGGAAGACUUUCAACACAGCAGGUGACUUACAUAAACACCAACGCAUCCACACUGGAGAAAGACCAUAUGACUGUGACCAGUGUGGGAAGACUUUCAACACAGCAGGUGGCUUAAAAAAACAUCUACCCAUCCACACUGGAAAAAGACCAUAUUAUUGUAACCAGUGUCAAAAGACUUUUCUCACACCAAGUUACUUGAAAAAACAUCAACGCAUCCACACAGGAGAAAGACCGUAUAACUGUGAGAAGUGUGGGAAGACUUAUAUCACAGGAAGUGACUUAAAAAAACACCAACGCAUCCAUACUGGAGAAAGGCCAUGUGAAUGCAACCAGUGUGAGAAGACUUUUAUCAGAGCAAGUGACUUAAAAAAACACCAACGCAUCCACACUGGAGAAAGACCAUAUGACUGUGACCAGUGUGGAAAGACUUUCACUUUGGCUUGGAAGUUAAAAAGGCACCAACGCAUCCACACUGGAGAAAGACCAUAUGACUGUGACCAGUGUGGAAAGACGUUCAAUAGAAUGAGCAACCUUAAAGUCCACCAACGCAUCCACACUGGAGAAAGACCAUAUGACUGUGACCAGUGUGGAAAGACUUUCACUUCGACUAGUAAGUUAAAAAGGCACCAACUCAUCCACACUGGAGAAAGACCAUAUGACUGUGACCAGUGUGGAAAGACUUUCACCCAAAUGAGUGGGCUUAAAUACCACCAACGCAUCCACACUGGAGAAAGACCAUAUGACUGUGAUGAGUGUGGAAAGACUUUCACUUCGACUUGUAAGUUAAAAAGGCACCAGCGCAUCCACACUGGAGAAAGACCAUAUGACUGUGACCAGUGUGGGAAGACUUACAGAUUCUUGUGUGCUUUACGUUCUCAUCGCCGUGUUCACCACACAAUGUUGAUGUACCCCUGUGAUAGGUGCACAAAGAUAUUCUGGUCAUCUUCCUCUUACAAGCACCACCAACAGACCCAUAUUGGAGAAAAUCCCAACCAGAGCAGAUUUGGAGACAGAUCUCUUACCACAGAGCCACUAUGUACCAUACAUGGACGUUUCAAACAUUUCCACAAAAGACAAAAACUGAACAGCUGUACAAAAAGUAAGACUCUAGACAAUCAGUGUCAUAACACACCAAAACAGUUGGAGUGUUAUCAAUGUCCAAACAGAUUGUGGUCAUCCCCUGCUCUCUCCCAUCAUCAGCGCAGAUGUGAAUCAUCAACGUCUGGACCAAACAGUACCUCAGCAUCAGAUGAGAAGAAGAAACACAGUGUGUCUGAACCAGCAGCACCGACUUCUUCUGACAAGAACAUCAGACUUCAAAACCUCCAGAUCAGGCUUCACAGGAUCCAGAUGUGAAAACAAACACCAGACUGAAAGCUGUGUUUUGUUGUCUUCAGAGUACAGAAGUAUGUUCUAAUGCACCACUCUGUAACAGGAAGCAGGUGGUGACAUCACUGGUAAGGUGGGGGAAGGGAAGGGUAGAAAUCAGACCCACCUGAGAGCUGUGUGGUGGAGGGAAACUCAAACAAAGGAGAGACUGGAAGGAGGUUUGAUCGACAGGAGAAGUGACAACGAAAAGGAAAGGAGGAAAAGACUUAACGUGACUUUAAGUGAAGAAUCUGGAAGUGGACUGGUGUGGACCCAGGACUCUUGAGAGGAGAAUUUGAAUCCCUGGAGCAGGCGGACCUGGUCCUGCUCGGACUAUGGUUGCUCUCUCUCCAGGUCAGAGAACACCUGUCGGCUCCCCUGGAACCCAAACUCUCCUGGCUUCUCCCCUGAACAUAUAUCUGUUCUCUCUCUCUCUUUCGCUCUCUCGCUCUCUCUCAUCGUACUGCCUGUUACCCUGACUUCUGUGGGAGAAACCAGGUGGAACCAAUUUAUAAAUUAGGUGCGUGUUCCCCUUUAAAAUGGUGGACGCUAAUGUUGUUGGGUACUGGGAGCUUAGAGGACGCCAUGGCAGCAGCAGUAAGAGGAGUUCGUUACAGCAUGGAAACCAUCAGAGAAGAAUCAUCAGUGUGAAUGACUCACUGAGACUCUGGAGAGACAGGCGGUAAGCGCUCAGGCUUUGCUGUGAACAGACUUUUACAACCGUAAUGUCAUUGUUAGCUGAAUUGAACAGCUUUCUAUUGACUUUUGUGUUCAUAGGUGUGUUCUUCUUUUAAAGUUGUUGAAUGGCGCCAUCUGUGGGCGCCCUGUAUGUACUGUUAUCAUUCUGUUUGGCCACGCCAUUGAAGUUAUGUGCAGCUUUCAUUCUGGUCGAUAAAUUUAGGCGAGUGUAUGUCUGUAAGUUAGUUUUAUGAUUAUUUUGUCACCAACUUAGAAGCAUGAUUGCUAGCAUCUUUUACAGAGCACAAAUAAGCUUUCACUUUGUGGUAGAAGCGUUCUGUUCACUGCUAAUAUUUGAGUCAGGUGGCAGUCUGUUUUGUGUCAGUGCUAGCUUGUAUGUACUCAGGUCGGAGCUAAUGCAGAUGCUAUUUGGUAGCAAUUGCUGUGUUUCCUUUACUAGCAAAUUAUUUGUGCACUCCAGGAGAAACUUGUGCAUAUUAUUAGCAUUGGAGUAUUUUUCAUUCAUGCCAAUUAGAUUACAUGUAAUGUUAAUGCAGUUCAGAAAAACAUGUUUUACUGUGUACAUUCUGUACAAGAUUACUGCAUUUCUCGUGCCCCUUAUUGCAUAUUUAAGGUAAUUUCAUAUGGUUUAUAUACUCUACAUGCUUAUUUCAUUGGUUUGUAAUUGCUGGAAUAUUUAGCUGUUUAAUUCAUGUAUGAUUGUUAAUUCAUGCAUUUAAAAAGAAUGGGUAAAAGUUAAGAAGUGCUUACAGUGGAAACAUAUUUCAGCACACAUUGCAAUACAUGUAUUUGUUUGUAUUUCAUGUCAUUGCAGUUCUACAAAAGUAUUAUUAAAAGAAGGGAAGGAAAGAAAAUAAGCAACUAAAACAAAACUUCACCUUCAAACA